UUGGAUAGCCUAAUUAUUUAAUAAUCCAAUAACUUUGGCGUGUCUCUCAUCCACACUAUAUCCACGUACACACGCUCUUCGUGUAGACACUUCCGUGCGUGCUACGUGCCCUCAAAUACUCGUCUUCUUCUACGCUUUCUUCAUUUCGAAGUUACAACCCCCAUUAAAUAUCACAAAAAAACCUGCAACAAACACAUCUCAAAUCUCAACAACAAUGACCACACAAACCCCCAAAUCUCUCUACCCUCAAGUCGAUCAAUCCAGUCCAGACUCACACUCUUCAUUCUCAUCAUCAUCCCAGUCCAUGUAUCCAUCUGUAGAAGAACCCAAAGAUCUCGCCGAGAAACUCUUCCCAGACACCUCCGAUCAACAACAACAGAUUUCUUUCGAAUCAUCAGAAGAAGUUGUCAUCAAAAUCCCUAACUCUAUCGUCCACUUAAUCGACAAACAACAAAGCAUCGAAUUAGCCUCCGGUCUGUUCGAAAUAAUCCGCCUCCGUCAAUCCGGUAACGUCGUCGCCGUUCUCGCUCGCAUCGGCGACCAGAUCCAGUGGCCGUUAGCCAAAGACGAAGCCGCCGUUAAACUUGACGGAUCUCACUACUUUUUCACACUCCGUGUACCGGAGGAUGUUAUAAACUACGGUUUGACGAUAACUGGAAACGACGGAGAGCAACUGGAUAGGAUUUUGGAUGAGUACAGUGCGUUUUCGGUGAAGGAAGUGGAGAGAGUUGUGGCAGUGGACGGUGGUUCGGCGGAGGCUAGGGCGGCGGCGUAUUGGACGACGUUGGCGCCAAAUGUGGAGGAUUAUAGCGGGUCGGUUGCGAGGAUGAUUGCGGCCGGCUCGGGUCAGUUGAUUAAAGGGAUAUUGUGGUGUGGGGAUGUGACUGUUGAUAGGUUGAAGUGGGGGAACGACUUCCUGAAGAAGAGGAUGAAAGCUGGAGAGAAGGCGGAAGUUAGUCCCGAAGCUUUAAGGAGAAUGAAAAGGGUGAAGAAGCUGACCAAAAUGUCGGAGAGCGUAGCAAUGGGGCUCCUUUCAGGAGUCGUGAAGGUGUCCGGAUUCUUCACGGGUGCCAUUGUGAACUCGGCACCCGGAAAGAAGUUCUUUAACCUUCUUCCCGGGGAGAUCAUUCUUGCUUCCUUAGAUGGAUUCAACAAGGUGUGUGAUGCCGUUGAAGUGGCAGGGAGAAACGUUAUGUCAACAACGUCAGUUGUUACAACCGAUCUUGUUACUCAUAAGCAUGGUGAAGAUGCCGCGAAGGUGACGAGCACCGGGAUGGAUGCUGCAGGGCAUGCAAUCGGGACAGCAUGGGCGGUUUUCAAGAUCCGGAAGGCUUUGAACCCGAAGAGCGUUGUGAAACCAACGACUCUCGUCAAAGCUGCAGCUUCUAAGUCGGGUUCUUCCAAAUCAUCGUCAUCAUAGUUGUUCUGGAUAUGAUAUGGCUGUCGGAUUGUUCUAAUUAUUGUUCUGUUGAUGUAGUGAGGUUUAUAUAUAAAAAAUAUUUUAUUGUCAAAACUGAUGUUCGGUUUGUUGUGAAUACUUGUGUUGUUGCUUCUUA